AUGGCUGCGCCCAUCAGAAAUGUCGAAACCUCCGAUAUAGAGGUUGCAACAAAGUUGUGCAGUUUUGUGGUAGAUACGGCAAACAAAGCAAUCGAAGAAAAUGGGGUGUUCACUGUGGGAUUUUCAGGUGGAAGUUUGGCCAAGUUUUUAUGUAAUGGUUUGCCAGGAAGAGAAACGGAUUGGUCAAAAUGGAGGAUAUUUUUCUGUGAUGAGAGACAUGUGCCCCAUGAUGAUCCUGAAUGUACCUACACAAUCUACCUGACAGGCUUAGUAAAGAAAGUUAAUAUGGAUGAAAAAAACAUCUUCCCGCUCAAUCCAGAUAUCUCGGUUGAGGAAGCAGCUGAAGACUAUCUGAAAAAGAUUCGGACUGUGUUCCCGGGAGAUAGCAUUCCAAGGUUUGACAUGCUGUUGUUAGGGAUGGGUCCAGAUGGUCACACCUGUUCCUUGUUUCCUGGACACGCUUUAUUAGAGGAAUCGUCUAAAAUCAUUGUUCCAAUUAAGGACUCGCCCAAACCACCUCCAAAUCGUGUGACCAUGACGUACCCUAUCAUUAAUAACUGUUCCUGCGCUGUAUUUGCCUCCUGUGGAGCUAGUAAAGCUGAAAUGGUUCAGAGAGUACUAGAAGGCAAGGAGGAGAACCCCCUUCCUGCUGCUCGUGUACAGCCUACCAAUGGCAAAGUGUACUGGUUCUUGGACACAGCAGCAGCAUCCAGACUACAAUCAAAAUGACUAGUAAACAAACAAAGUCGGACAUCAAACAAACUUUGAUUCUGGAUAAAGAAUGUAUUCUUAUAAAAUUCUUAUAAGCAAUCACGAUAAAAAAGGUUUCUGAUAAUAAUCAUUGCCACGACAACAUUGAGAGAAUUAGAAAAACUUGAAAGCAUGAAAGAACAUUAUACCUUUCCUAGCUGGCAGAGUAUAUAUCCCAAAGUCAUGUUCAGUCAGAACAUUUUGACAGCCUGGAUGGUUGUAUUGUGUAGCUGUUAAGAGGUAGGGUUGUAACUUGUGAUUUAAUAAUGCUUUUUAGGCCUCUCAUGAAUGUAUAGAUACUGUAGCAAGUCUUCCAGAGGCCCCUAAAAAUGUAGACAAAUCUACAGAAUGACUCUUAGGGAUACUGCACCAGGGCCCACAACUCUGUCAUGCAAACUCUGAAAACAUAAUGACUAAUUCACUAACUACUUAAAGUUAUCAGGAUAGGUAUUGUUAUGUUAUAUGACAAGUUAUUAACCAGAAAUUAAAUAAGUUUCUCAGUUUGUAGAGACCAUAGGUUUGUACAGUAUAUAAUGUUGUUAAUUGUAAUGCAAGGCUAUGUUGAAGGUAUAAUGCUGUCAAAGUUUCGCAUGAUGCUUGUAUGAAACAAGUGAUGAUUAAAUUCCAUGAUCCUGUUACGAUGCUGUGAAAGUCCUCGUUAGUUAUUCUUGUUAUGGAUUUGUUUAUCAUGUAAAAUGCUUACAAAUAAAAAUGCUUUAUUCCAUUUGAUAAA